AUGUCUCUUGGACGUACAUUUAAGCUCAACUCGGGCUAUGACAUCCCUGCUGUCGGUCUCGGCACCUGGCUCUCCAAGCCACACGAAGUUGAAAAAGCAGUUGAAGCUGCCCUUCGCGCUGGAUACCGUCACAUUGAUGCUGCUGCAUGUUAUCAGAAUGAGAACGAAGUGGGAAAUGGCUGGAAGAAUUCCGGUGUUCCUCGGGAGGAGAUCUUUAUUACUAGCAAGCUCUGGAACACACAUCACCACCCAGACAAUGUGGAAGAAGGUCUGGACAAGACAUUGAAGGACUUGCAAACCGACUACUUGGAUCUCUAUCUGAUCCACUGGCCAACUGCAUUUGCCUACACUAACGAAACUCUCACGCCGACGGACCCGGUGACGAAGCGAUUCCGCCUAGCCGAUGUUCCGGUUUCUGACACCUGGGCUGUAUUGGAGAAGCUCGUCGAGGCGGGCAAGAUCCGAAGCAUUGGAAUCAGUAAUUUUACCAUCAAGGCCACUGAGGAUUUGCUCAAGACUGCGAAGAUCCCUCCAGCUGCCAAUCAGAUUGAGGCUCAUCCGUAUCUUCUGCAGCCGGAGCUGUUUUCCUACCUGAAAGAAAAGAACAUUCUUCCAGUUGCUUAUAGCCCGCUUGGCAAUAACAUCUUUGACCUACCACGUGUUGUCAAUGACCCGGUGGUCGAGGAGAUUGCUAAAAAGCUGAACAAAGAUCCUGCUCAACUUCUCAUCUCAUGGGCUAUCCAGCGUGGCUCUGCCGUGUUGCCAAAGAGUGUCACGCCCUCGCGCAUUGAGAGUAACUUCCAAGAUUUCGUCAUUCCCGAUGAAGAGUUUGCCGCUCUCAACAAGCUUGACAAGAACGCCCGAUACAACUACCCAUUCCGUUGGGGAGUUGAUGUUUUCGGAGAAUUGGGAGCUGAGGAAGCCGAAAGACGUGCCGAAGAGCAUGCGGCAAAGCAACGAGCUCUAUAG